GUUCUUGGAGUCCAAGCUGUAUGAGCUUGUGUUUUCGCAGGCCGUGCUGGGCGACAUCACAAACGCGCUGUACUUCCUGCCUGGCGCAGCGUUUACGCAGCGCGACCAACCAACGCUCUCUGUGCAGCGCUCCAUUGCGCGCCAGCUCCUCAAGUGCCCUCGCUCCAUCAUCGUCAUUGAUGAGGUGCAAUUGAUGCCGGAGGACGUGGUGACGUCCAUCCACAUGUUUUUAGAUUCGCAACAGCCCGUAUUUGUGGAUGAUGCAGCCAUUGACGCGCGCCAGGCCAUGUUCAUCUUCACCACAAACGAGGGCCACACCGUCAUGCGCUCCGAGACGGCGCGGCUGCUGCGUCAUCGCGACCGCCAGGAUCUGCGCCACCGCGACUUUGAGCCGCUGCUGCAGGCCAUCAUCACAGAGGCAAACCCCUGGCUCGCACACAAGGGCGUGGUUCAUCUCUAUGCGCCGUUUCUGCCGAUGACAAGGGUCGAAGUGCGGGAGUUUAUCGUCAGCAGAUUCAAGGAGUACGCGUGCCAGUUCCGCGUUGAUCUGACGCACGACGACGACGUGAUGUCCUUUCUCAUUGGCGAAAUUGGCUUUGAUGCCAACGGAUUUACAGAGCAUGGGCUUGCGAGGAUUGAUGAGCCAACGUUGUUGACAGAGGUCAAGGGACCCUUGCAAGACCUAAUUGAGGAUUACAACAACCGUUUGGUAAAGCCGACGGCCAUUCACAUGUCCAUGGACAAGAACAACAAGCACCGCGUCGCCUUUGAUGUCAAAUCCACCCUCCACUCAGACUCCCACAAAACACAACACCAACAACAACACCAACACCAACACAGCAAAGCCGACUUGUGAGCCCUGCCUUGACGCUUCGCACGGCGGUCCUUCCAUGACGAUGUUUGUUAUAAAUCUUUAACGAA